GCUCGGUGAAGAGCAGGGCGCUCGGUCUGCACCGCCGACGCCGCUGGCAGCCGGGCUGUCUGGGAAAGGCGGACCGGCGAAAGCCCAGUGCUCGCGCUCGGCCUCUGCCGCGCCCGUUUGCGCCCGUGUCAUCCUCACUCGGGACGCAGUGACCGUUUUUAAAUCACAAGGGCGUGGGUCAGCCUUCCCUAGGACUUCAUGUCUGUAUAUUUCCCCAUUCACUGCCCUGACUAUCUGAGAUCGGCCGAGAUGACUGAGGUAAUGAUGAACACCCCAUCCAUGGAGGAGAUUGGCCUCAACCCCCGGAAGGAUGGCCUUUCCUAUCAGAUUUUCCCGGACCCGUCAGACUUUGACCGCUGCUGCAAACUGAAGGACCGCCUGCCCUCCAUAGUGGUGGAACCCACCGAGGGGGAGGUGGAGAGCGGGGAGCUCCGGUGGCCCCCCGAGGAGUUCCUGGUUCAGGAGGAUGAGCCCGACAACUGCGAAGAGACAGCGAAAGAAAAUAAGGAGCAGUAGGGUCCUAGUGGGUGCCCUGGGUCGAUCGUGCCAGCCAGCAUCUGUUCCUGAACUGUGUUUUUUCCCAUCUGGAUGGAAGAAGAGAGUGAGCCACAAUCGUUCUGAAAAUGUCAAACGAGGCUUCCGUUUUGCACCUGCAAAUCACCAAAUUGGUUUUCUUUUCUUUUCUUGUCUUCUUCUUUUUUUUUUUUUUUAAAUCCGCUGAGCAGUGGAGCCCUCUGACAAAAACUUGCAAGGCCUUCUGAGAAAUGAA